AUGACGACUACUUGGUCGGAGGGAAGAAGUGUGUUGCUUUUGGCGAAACUUUCAGUCUUGUCCUUGACCUUGCAAACUUCGGCUCUGGUUCCAUCGCCGUGGGCCACACCAAAGAACGAGCAAGAACUCUCGGAGACCAUUUGCGAGGUUUUGAGCCAAGGCCAACUUUCUUCAAAGGAUGCGGAACGCUUGCGUGGACGCAUGAUCUUUUUUGAAGGAUAUUCCUCUGGUCGUAUUGCCAACUCCUCUGUGAGGCACUUGGGUCGGUACAUCGCAAACAGUACAGCGACCUCGAAGCUUGAUGACGAUAUGCGCAAGGUCCUUCACUUUUCUGGACGAGCCCAUUCUUCCUUCUGA